AUGACACCACGUCCAAAGGUUUACAGAUCUCAAGAGGCCCUGUCCUACCCCGAUAUUGGCGGGGUCUUGGAGUUCACGUGUCUGCAGCAGUUGGAGAGCACUGGCAACGCUGGGCCAUGCAAAGGUCACAGGCACACAGUUAACCCCUGCACAAAGAUACGACUCACUUGCAACUCAUUCUCUAUCCUUAUCAUGCAAUUAAUCACACUUUGUGAGAGCUUCAGGAAGGAGGGUGUUGUCUGGGGUGGCUGCGAUAACUCAGUUGCAACUUGGACUCUCCACCCAGGCAAGGGAUUAUUGGAGAAAUCUAGCUCUGCCUCCCUCCCCACCCAUGCUGCCUGGACCUUCUGGGUUCGGGGUGAGGGCUCAGAACCCAUCCCUCUUCCCUGCUGGCACACAGAGCAAAGGGCAGACUUGGCUCCUGCCCUGUUCUUGACCGGAGCAGCAGCACCUGGAGCGAGACCUCAGGUGUCUUACAAAGAAGGUCAGGUACUGUCUUUCCUUGUCAGAUGUGAUGAAGUCAAGCAGCUCCCAGGAAGAGGAGAUGUGACAACUGAAACCAGAGGAGGUCGGAGAAAAAGGCAUGUUCCAGCCUCUGUUUCACAAUCCUUGGGCAAGAUGCUGAAGGUGCAGGACCAGUAGCCAGAGGAGGCCAAUAGACCUGUGGUCAAGCCAAGACUGUGCUCAUGCAAGGGAAAGUUCAGUGAUUUCUUUGAAAAGGCUGAUUCAAAACAUUGCAAAAACAUGUGGCAACACAGGUACUGAGAGAUCACUGUUACAACUGAGCCAUUUGUAGCACUCCUGACCUGUCGGAACCCAGAAUGUCCCUCAGACACUCCUGGAUGUUCCGGGCCCAGGUCAGAAGCAUCUGAGACCCUGGCAUGCGGCCAGAAACCCCUGUGGCUUUGAAUCUGAUCCAUGGAACAAUUUACUAACCUUGCAGGAAGAACAAGAAAUCAUAGAAGUUUAGAUAUUAUAGUAGAAGUAGUCACAAAGUGAAAGGAAGAAUCUUUGAGUGCUGUACAGGGGGGUUUUAGGCCUUGUACAGAGGGGUCUGAGUUUUGUACAUGGGGGUCAGAAGUUCUAAGAUAGAGGGAUUUGGGUGUGCCCUGUCCUCCUUCUUUCUCCUUCCUAUCCUCCAUGUUCUUGGUGAUGUUGGCACUCACAGAUUAGUUUAGAAUAGAAAGGCAGUGUUCAAUAUAGGUAAUAGGCAUUGGGGAAAAACUAUAAACAUUUAACAUGUAAUGUGUGAUAUAAAAGAUGGCAUCGGCCCCCUGGGCAGUCAGAGAGAGUGUGUCAGAGGGUGUGUGUGUGCCUCUGUCUGACCUGCUGGAUGGACCGCAGCAGUUCAGGAAGAAACUCUUUUAGAUA